CAUCACACGAGAGAGAAGCAGCAGCAAAUACGUUCGUAUGCCAUUGCCAGCUUCCUCCAUGGAUCAGGAGCAAGGCGAGAGGGAGCUCCAGCUGCUGCUCCCGGCGGCUGCGGCGGCGGCGGCGGCGGCGCGUGUCCUGCGCGGCGGCGACGCGGCGGUGGCGGGGAUGAUGGUGAUGGCCGCGGGCGGUGCGGUGGACAACAGCGCGGCGCUGGACCUCGACCUGUCGAUGAGCAUUGGGCCGAGGAGGCCGCAGCCGGUGCCGUCGUCGUCGCCCCCGGCGGCGAGCGAGGGUGGUACUGGUAGGAGGGGAGCUGCUGUGUCGGCCGCGGUGAGGCAGCAGCAGCAGCAGGUGGCGGCGGCGGUGGGGGUGGGGGUGGGGGUGGACGUGCGCGCGGUGAAGCAGCAGACGGCGGAGCAGAUGCGGCAGGCGUCGGCGCACCGGGCGUACGCGGAGCGGGUGAGGGAGAUGGCGAGGCUGGAGCUGGAGCUCGCCGAGAAGGAGUUCGCGCGCGCCAGGAUGAUCUGGGAGCGCGCCCGCGAGGAGGUGGAGCGCGUCGAGCGGAUGAAGGAGAUCGCCGCCCGCCGGCUCGGCUCCGCCGCCUCCGCCGCCGCGCUGGAGAUCACCUGCCACGCCUGCAUGCAGCGCUUCCACCCCUAGGUACAAAACCACCUAGCCUACCUAGCUCGCUCGCUCUCGCUUAUGAUGAUGCACCGGCGGCCGCCUCGCGCCGCCGUACGUGCACGCCGCGCGCGCCGGCGGCACGGCGAGUGGCGGCGGCG